AUACGAUCACAGAUUCAGAUUAAAUCAAAUCAACCAAAAAAAAGCCUAACACCAACAAACCCUUUCUCUUUUCCAAAAACAAACCACGAAAAUAAAUUACCAAAAUGACUGGCACCGAGCAACAGAAGGAUGGCGAGAAGCAAUUCUCCAUCCAGCCCAUCAAGGAUGAAGCCAAGGACAAGGUCUCUGCCUUCAACGCUCACCCCGGACCCGCCAUGCCCAAGGAUAUGCCUCAAGAAGAGGGUACCAAGGAGGAGCGCAAGGGCAAGAUGGAGGCUCUAAACAAGAAAUAAGCAUGUGACUUCUGCAACAGAAGCUAUUUUGCCGACAUGACUGUAUGACUAGAUAUGGGAAUAAGCUAUUUUACGACUUAAUACAACACAGCUAGACAGCUAUUUGUGAUUCGCA